AUGGAUCUAGGGCGAGAUGAUCCAGAACUUUUUAUCCCUCAUGCUACUUAUGCUGGUGUAUUAGCUAGAAACCGUGUUAGCUUGAUUGGGAGACUUCUUAACCCAAGAGAGCUAUGUCCAGUCCAAAUACGAGGUAUACCUCUUCCUUAUAUUUCCGAAGAAACAGUUAAGUUUAUUUCCAAAACUCUUGGAGAGUUUGUUGAGCUGGAUUUCAAUGAAGAAACAACUUCACAGAUCUCCUUCAUAAGAGUCAAGAUAGCAAUAGGAAUCACAGAUCGUCUGCGUUUUUCUAGAAGAGUCUGCUUUGAAUCAGGAGAAGGAGCCUUGAUAGGUUUUGAGUAUGAAAAGCUUAAGCAGAUUUGUACUAACUGUUCUCGUAUCAACCAUGAUUCCUCCCACUGCCCUUAUCUUGUUCCACCGGUUUAUCAAGAGGACGUCCCCAAUGUUCCAGUAACCCCUGCUUUUGAAGAAGGUGAGGGUUCCAACAUUUACAGCUUUCUGGACGAGAAGCACUCUUCUUUAAGCUCUGAGAUUUCCUCUUACUCUCCUAUCUCGCAACCACCAAGACCUGCUGCUCCUGGGCCAAACAUGGAGGAAUUCUUAGCUGCUUAUCCGAUUGGAACUCGUCUUUCUUCAAGCUCAGACUUUCGAGGAGUCUCAUCAAUGGCGAGAGAAGAUACCAAAGAGAAAGACAAAGCGAAAUUUGAAAGGGGAGAGUGUUCUAAGCGCAGAAAAGGAAAGCAAGUUCAGGUAGAGAAUGAGAGAAACACUCGCCAACGUCGAAAGGAUCCUGGAAUAAGGUUUUAUCUGACUGAGCAUGAAGCUCCAUGAUAACAGAUCAACAAACGAAUCUCAGAGAAGGAUCAGUUUCUUUAUCUCUGAGCUUUCACCUUUUGUUUUAAUCUUUUAGUUUGAAUCAGGUAAUAAACUCACUUUUCAGAUCAAGAAAGUGGAUGCUUUUGGUACACCUUGUGGUGUUAUGGUCUGCUGAACAGAUGACAAAGAAAGGUCGUAGAAGAAAUUCAUGAAGACCUUUAACUGCAAUCUUUUUGAUAAUGAUUGGGUGAUAAGUACAAUUCUUUCACAUCUAAAGCUUAUGUUAAAUCCUUUAAAACCAAAGCCAAUGAUCUUCAUUGCUUGGUCUUAUUGUGCUUGAUAUGGAAUUGAGCUUAUCUCCCCAUCAUCCCUUAGUUAUUUUAUAACUGCUUUGUAAU